GGGCGUUGCGUCACAGAGAAGCAUAAUUAAAAUGGACGUUCAAAUGGCCGCUGCCAUAUCUCCAGACUAAUGAAAUGAUCACACGCGGCCGCAAGAGGAAAAUGGAAGCUCACAUAGGGGGAGAUAACUGUAAGGCCCACGGCAGUAAGACGGAACCGAUCCCCACGAAAACACAGAGCGUGUGCCUGCUAUCCGACGCCGCAUCUGGAGAUUCUGUUUGCAGUCCCGAUGUUAGCCAUCAGUUUGUUACAGUUGUUACAGACAUCGAUGAGGGGACGACGGAAGUUCACACACAGACCUGUGACCUGGGGGAUAUCUGGACACACAAGUACCCACUUCCACUCAGUAAAUACCCCGCUCGCCCUAUUCGUACAGGUAACAAAUACUACGACGAUAUCAUCCCCGAGCUGUCGGGUCUCGGCUUCAACCCGCUCCAAGUGAUCGCCAAAGGAAGAUCCGGCUCUGUAAUACUCGCGCAAGAUCUCCAUCCCUCCAAACUGGGCAAGGAGAGCGAAUACAAGCCGGUCGCUAUCAAACUCAACUCCGGCCGGAAGCGGAAACAGAGAGGUGCGAAAGUCGACAUUACCGAGGAGAUGCUGAUCCACCAGCGACUGAGUCAUCCGAAUGUCGUCAGCUUCCUCGAUACUCUGACCAUACAGGGUCGGGCGGGACUCAUCCUGGAGUUCUGUGAAAGCGGGAACCUGGAACAGCUUCUACGGGCCCAGGACGCCAAAUUCAUCACAGAACCAGUGGCCAGACGGUAUUUCGGACAGAUCCUGAACGCCUUGGAAUAUAUUCACUUUUCAGGCUACGCCCACAGGGACAUGUGCACUCAAAACAUCCUCAUCACCAACGACAACAACAUCAAACUCGCUGACUUUGGUCACACUGUGAAAUUCGUCACCGGCGAUGCACUGUGCGAGGAUUCGUGUGGAACUAUGGGAUUUCAAGCACCGGAAGUCGUCUGCAAAGUCCCGUUCAAUCCCAGAUUUGCGGACAUGUGGUCUCUUGGCGCUGUGUUGUAUGCAAUGACGGUCGGCAAGCUACCUUUCGGUCGUCUGCGCAAUGAGGAAAUGGCGCGAAGCAUCAAAUCACUGGAGUUCCCACCAGAAAAGAUCAUGGUUUUGUCCAGCGAGAUUAAGGACUUGCUGAGGGGCCUUCUUGCCUACAUAGCAGCCUCGCGGUACUCCCUCAAUCGGUCCAUCAACUGCGACUGGAUGAACAUCCGAGAUGAGAGGGUGUAUAUCGGUAACUUCUACCUCGUCCGGCAACCGCAGAAGAUCUUCGAGGGGGACAAAGAAAAGGACAUGAAAGGGAAUUACAAGAUUUAGAACACAUGACCUCAUAUUGAAUCAAUAGGUCAUCCUGUGAAAUAUACCUUAUACCACCUGUUUAUCUGUGUCAUAAUCUGUACGGAAUAUCUCAAUAUUUGUGUUAUUUUUAUCACCUAUAUCUAUGUUUGGUCUGUUGUAAAAUGUAUGUAGAAAUCUAGUAGGCAUAUUUAUUUAAUCAUGAUAGUAAUGCUGUCGUAAUUGAAAGCAGUAUCUAUAACCGUAACAUUUUUCUCAAGCUCUUUUAAUGUUCAGGUAAACUUGACGUGUCGUCAUGUCAGAGUACUCUUGUCAAAAUGGAUUCCGUAUUUUUGAAUGACUAUAAUCUCAAAAAGAGUAUUCGUAUUGCAAGAUGGAAAAUCAUAGAAAAUAACCCAACCUGAAGAAAAUUCCCCUCUGUAGACAUACAGUUGUUGUUUCAGUGUAAAAUAUUCUGUUUGCGCAUAUACAUUUAUCAAUCUAUUUUUUUAUCCAUAUCAAAUAGUUUUGACUAAUAUUUGCUGGAAAAUGGGCCUUUAUGUAGCAACGAUACCCGCAUACCUAGACCUUAUGAGACGGUUUAGUAUCAUCGAGUUCUGGAUGUUAAGGUAUCAUUAAUUUUAAUAGAUUUCAUAAUUCAUUAAAUAUAAUUUGUUUUCUGUAAAGAUAGUAUUUUACCCAAAUCAUAUGUUUUUGAACUACUAACAGAAGGAGAGUUGUUAAGUCAUAUAGCGGCUGCAUACUAGUACAUGUUUAUUCAAGCGCGGAUAAUCAUCAACAUAACUAACAAUAAAUCCCAUUCAAAUAUACA